AUGCCCUAUUACCAGGCCGAGUUUCUUAGCCACAAAAUAUUCGGCCAGCCUUACAUGCCAACAGAUCUCACGCAGGCUGCAUUUCUUGCCGAGAUAUAUGUACGCCACGCCUAUAUUGUCUUGCAACAAUACGUAUCAGAUCGACUAGCCGCUCUUACAACUUUCGACAGUCAAUGGCCUUAUGUGGCAGCGAUUUUAAUCCGGGACAUUGUCUCUACGUGGGUGCUCGUUGCUUUCCUCAAGCAAGUAGCACUGCUGCUCUGGACAUACGGAGUGAUCGGAAUCGUGCGGGCGGGUAUACGUUACGUGCACCAGCGCUUUUGGAGAAUUGUCAUGGCAUUGCCACCGGCAAGAGGCAAGGUGGAGCGCGAGUUGGCUGCCACUGUGAAGACUAUAGAACGCGAGGUGAUACGUAAUGACGCCUCCUUGCGACAGUUUGCCACUUUGCCUGAACAAGGACUUGCCCGUGCAGAUGUUGAAGACGAGAUGGACCGUGCGCAACAAGUGCUCUCCCACCUGGAGUGGGAGGCAGGACGCGUGAGUGGUGCCGUGUACCAUGGUGGCCAGGAGUUGUUGGCUUUGCAACUGGCGGCAUACGAGAAGUAUAGUGUCGCCAACCAGCUCCACCCGGACGUGUUUCCUGCAGUUCGGAAGAUGGAGGCUGAGGUGGUAGCGAUGGUUCUUGAACUAUUCCAUGCGCCAGAGCUGGGCUGUGGCACCACCACCCUGGGCGGGACCGAGUCGCUAUUAUUGGCUGGUUUGGCUGCACGCGAGUGGGGCCGUCGCCACAAGAACAUAUCCAAACCGGAGGUGAUUGCGCCUGUCACCGUACACGCUGGUAUUGAAAAGGCGUGCUCUUACUUUGGCAUGCGCCUCCAUAAGGUUCCGCUCGACUCGCAAACGUAUAAAGUGGACAUCAAGCAAGUUCUGCGUUUAAUCAAUAGCAAUACCGUCUUGCUCGUUGGUUCUGCGCCCAAUUACCCACAUGGCAUCAUCGAUGACAUUGAGGCAUUGUCGCGUCUUGCUGUUCGCCACAAGAUCCCAUUGCAUGUGGACGCAUGUUUAGGAUCAUUCAUCGUUUCGUUUCUUGAGAGAUCGGGCGUUCAUGGUGACCGCAAACUUCCCCUCUUUGAUUUCCGUCUUCCUGGAGUUACUUCGAUUUCCUGUGAUACCCACAAAUAUGGCUUUGCCCCUAAGGGCUCGUCCAUCAUCAUGUACCGUACUCCAGAACUUCGUGAGUGCCAGUACUACGUCCUGAGUGAUUGGACUGGAGGCAUGUACGGUUCGCCGACGCUUGCUGGCUCACGCCCUGGUGCGCUCAUGGCAGGAUGCUGGGCCACAUUGGUUCACAUUGGUACUAACGGUUACCGUGAUUCGUGCCAUGCCAUAGUCUCUGCCACGAUGAAACUUCGGCGUGCUAUUGAAACGGAGCCCUUGCUCUCGCAACAUUUGGAGGUUCUUGGGGACCCAAUUGCCUCCGUAUUAGCGUUCAAGACACGUGCUACAAGUCGCUCUACAUCUACGCUAUGCCGAUGCAUGUCAAAAAGGGCUUGCAUUUGUCGACACUCGAAAUCCCAGCAGCAUUGCACUUUGCUUUGA